UAUAUACUUCUCUUCUUUUUUUUAUCUUGUUCUUCAUUGCUGUUUCCAAUCCUUUCUUCAAGCAAUGGAAAUGAGAUUGGUUCUUUGUUUAGUAACACUUCUUUUUUCAUUUGUUUCAACUAUUUCUGCUAAUUCCGAAGGGGACAUACUUUAUGGUUUUAGAACAAGACUAUCUGAUCCUAACAAUGUUCUUCAAAGUUGGGACCCAACUCUUGUGAAUCCGUGCACUUGGUUUCAUGUUACUUGUGAUAAUAACAAUCUUGUUAUCAGACUAGAUUUGGGUAAUGCAAGUCUUUCUGGUAGUUUGAGUCGUCAGCUUGGUCAACUUCAACAUCUUCAAUACUUGGAGCUUUAUAAUAAUAAAAUCUAUGGGAAAAUCCCAAAGGAAUUGGGCAAUUUGAAAAAUCUUGUUAGCAUGGAUUUAUAUGAUAACAAACUACAAGGACAAAUCCCAAAAUCUCUUGCUAAAUUGAAGUCUCUUAAGUUCUGUAAGUUGGGUUCUGAUUCUUCUGAACUUCAUUUUUUUUUUCUUCUAAUUCUUGUAUAUUUGAUGUUUGUAUGCAGGCGUUUGAACAAAAACAAGUUGACUGGAUCUAUCCCAAGGGAGCUUACUAAACUAUCAAAACUCCAAGUUUUUGAUGUUUCAAAUAAUGAUCUUUGUGGAACAAUUCCAAUUGGUGGCCCAUUCGGAGAUUUUCCCAUUAAAAGCUUUAUAAACAACAGUAAACUCGGUAGACUCGAGCUUCCGGGACGAGCAACUUAUGAUUUUGGAUGCUAAAGAGAACUGAUUCCAGCGAAGAACUAGCCUGGUGAAAAAAACCUAUACUGUAACAAAUAAAACAAGCUAUGUGAAUUGUGAGACUAGCAUGUAAUGCAUCAUUACAUCUUAUGGGAUGAUGGUUGUAACUGUAAUAAAAAGCCUAGCGUUUUUAGGGGCCACUCAAAAAGAUUUAGGGGUCAACAAUAAAACAAAAAAGGUCACCCAAAGGGAAAAUGUAGCCAGCCCUUAUCUCGCGUAAUUCGU